AUGGGAGUACAACAACAAUCGGAAUUACCAAGUCAAACAUCAGCAAAAUAUUUCUCACUUAGAGAAGAUGUUAGUACAGAGUCAUUAUCAGAUAUUGAUUCACAAACAGAUAUAAAUAAUACAGGAAAUAGUGGUAAAGAUUAUAGUUCACCACCAAGAUUAUCAUUAUGGGGGUGGUAUACACCAUCACAAUAUCGUGGUAAUAGUAGUGGAGUCACUAUGAAGAAUUUAUCAGCAUCAGAGGACAGCAUUUCAUUAUCAAGUUUAGAUCAUCAACAACAACCAAUGUUAAUGGUAGAUCAUUCAUCCAAUAGUGAUAACGAAGAUGGUGCAACUGCUAAAGAUUUUAAAAUUGAUAUUCAUUUAAAAGGUGAAGAUGAAGAUGAUGGUAGUGGUGAUACAAGAGUUAAAUAUAAUACAAGAAAUAGUGGUACUUUAAGAAAUAGUAGUAAUAAAACUCAAACUACAGUUUUAAAUAAUAGUACUACCAGCAGCAACAACAUCAAUAACAACAACGACAAAGAAAUCAAUAUUACAACUUUAGGUGGUAGUACAAAUUCAACUACUAAAUUUUUAUAUUCAAGUGUCGAUCAAUCAAAUGGUUCAACCAUUCGAUAUCCAUAUUCUCCUUCUUAUUCGGAUGCAACUUUUUCAAUUUUAAGUGGUGUUGUCAUUUUAUUUUCAAUAAUUUAUUCUUUAUUAGUUGGUCCAAUUCAAAUUAUGUUUGCAUUUUUAGUAUCAAUUUUAGUAUUUAUAUCAUAUAUUUGUGCAAGUUUUGCAGCAAAUAACAGGAUUUAUUUAUAUUCAAUCACAGCUUUGGCAGUUGGAUUAGGUUUAACUAUUCCAUCAUUUUUUGCAGCAACAGGUGCAGUUGUUUUAGGUACUGGUAGAGAUAAAUCAACUUGGGAUGUAGAAUUAUUUAAAUCUGAUCAAGUUUUAAUGGGAUGGAUGUGGCCAAAAGGUCAAAUGGCAAUUUUUGUAGAUGAAAGUACAAUUAUUGGACCAGAUUCAUUUAUUGGUAAAUUAUCAACAGAAAUUCUUCAAUUAUCAUAUAUCAGUUAUUAUAUUUGGGGUUAUUUUAUGGAGAUUUAUAUUUUAUAUAAUUUAUGGAGAUGUCAUUUAUCAAAGGACCCACAACAACAAAAGAUGAUGCCAAUCUGGGAUCAAAGAUUAAAAAUGUUUAUUUGCUCAUGGAUUUCAACUUACUUUAUAGUGUUUUCUAUUAAUUUAAUAUUCCCAGCUGUUAGUCCAAGAGUUUAUAUUGGUAAAACUUUAAAUCUCUAUAACAAUACCUUGGAGGGUUUUGGUUUCGCUGGUUUUGUACGUAGUAGAAUUGAUAAUGCAGCAAAAGGUUCAUUUGGUUCAUUCCCUUCUGGUCAUAUAGCAACUUCAUUUGCAAUUGGUUUAUCAAGUUAUAAGAUUUUACCCGCUUAUGGUUUCGUUUCAACAAUUGCUGCAAUCUUAAUCGCAAUUGCUACAAUGUAUUUACGUUAUCAUUACUUUGUCGAUUUCUUAGCUGCUUUACCUGUGACCAUCUUUUGUUUAUUAUAUGGUGGUUUCUAUACACCUUCCGACUUUAAAAAUGUUUUUGUAAAUUGUUUUUACUCGAUAAAAUCAAUCUUUCAAAAUAUUUUAUCAAAAUUUAAUAAUAAAUAA